UUUUUCAUUCGUGUCAGCAAAUCAAAGAGUAGAUAAUAAAUUGGCUAUAGAUGAAGAAAAAAAUAAUAAAUUGGGUUUCGAGCAGUUUAAAUACGCCAUUUAAACCGAAGAACAACGAUAUAAUUUUUCUAAAAAUUACAUUUUGCUCAAAAAAUGCCACUCUUUAAGCUGAUAUAUAAAACUUAGAAAUUUGUAUAUAGUUAAACAACGCAAUUUUGAGGCAUAUUACAUUUCUAGUUUUUCGAGCAGAUUUUUAUAAUCAUCUGGCAUCUUUGAUCGUGCAACGUGAUUUCAUGAUUGUUUUGUAAAUAGUAAGAAUCCGGUGGGGCGACUUGAAAUUUUAUUAAUUCAUUUUAUAUUGCCAUGGUUUUGUUGCAGAACAUUUUAUUUAAUUCAUUUCGAAAGUUCCCCCGCAAAUAUCAACGAGGAAAGUUCAUUGACUCACUUCGGUUAUCGGUAAAAGGAGGACAUGGUGGCAAUGGUUUACCGAAAUAUGGUGGCGUUGGAGGUCAAGGUGGUGCGGUGUAUUUUGUCGCCAAAGAAGGCAUAUCGUUAAAGGAUGUUCUGCACAAAUAUCCUAACAAACGAGUCUUGGCCGGUAACGGCGAGGAAAGCAGUAAAGUGCGUAUUCUCGGACGUCGUGGGACAGAUCAACAGGUGCAAGUACCGGUGGGUAUUCAGGUAUUGGAAGAUGAUGGUCCAGUUAUUGCAGAACUAAACGAAGAAGGUAAAAUGUGUUUGGCUGCUGGUGGUGGUAGUGGAGGAUGUUCUGGUAAUUCUUUUCUUGGAAAAGCUGGGCAAGGUCGAACGGUAAAAUUAGAUUUAAAGCUAAUUGCCGAUAUCGGAUUGGUCGGAUUUCCCAAUGCAGGAAAAAGUACCUUAGUCAAAGCACUAUCUAAUGCUGAACCGAAAAUUGCCUCUUAUCCUUUUACUACUAUACGGCCGCAAAUUGGAACGAUUGAGUAUGAUGACUACCGCCAAAUUACCAUAGCAGAUCUUCCAGGGCUAAUAGAAGGAGCUCACGCAAAUUUUGGCAUGGGUCAUAAGUUUCUGAAACACGUCGAAAGAACCCGUCUUCUUUUGAUCAUUGUGGACGUGUUUGGUUUUCAGCUAAGUCAAAGUCAUCGGAAAAGAAAUUGUCUGGAGAAUAUCUUUGCGCUCAAUAAGGAAUUAGAGCUGUAUGAUAAGACUUUACUCGAUAAACCAUGCGUGUUACUGGUGAACAAAAUGGACAAGGACAACGCCAUAGAAGAAAUUUGCAAAUAUGACAAAUAUUUCAGUGACCUUCAAGAUGGAUUAGCUCACUGUCCAGAAGAGCUGAUACCGAAUCAGCUUAUGCAUUUAGAACGAGUAAUUCCCAUAUCGGCUAAAUGCUUAAAAGAAGUGGAUAAGGUAAAGCAAAUAGUUCGACAGGUGCUGGAUGAGAAAGCCGAAGAGCAGAUACGUGCUGAGAAAGAUGAUUUGGAUGUGCGGAAUAGACUUCAAAGUAGAAUAAAUGAAAGUGGUCCCAGAGUUGUUUAGCGGAAUGAAAUAUAUUUACUA